ACCUCUACGCGGUGGUUCAUACCACACAGCCCGCAGUCGCACCUCGCUCACCGCUCGUUUGACACGCCACCAGAGCGAACCGGAACUUUCUGCUUUUUCCAAGAUGGCCGCUCUAACGCUGUGCUUUUUGGCGGUAUUGUGCAGUUUGCUACAUCAAGGUUCAGCCAUCGUGUGCUACCAAUGCAACAGCCACAACGACUCACGCUGCCUCUUGGACGCACUGCCCGACUCCCUCCGCAAGGAGUGCACCUCCAAGGACACCAUGUGUCGGAAGAUCUCGCAGAUCGUGGAGUUUGAGAUGAACGGCAUGCCGCCGGACAGCAGGGUCAUCCGAGGGUGCGGCUGGGAUGAGAGCAACUACAAGGGACGUUGCUACCAGCGCUCAGGGUUCGGAGGUCGCCAAGAAGUCUGCUCCUGCCUCGAAGACGGCUGCAACUCGGCCACAGCCCCCGUGGCCGCCACACUGCUCAUGCUGCUCACCGCCGCGGUCCUCAGGUUCUAGAAACGUCUAGGAGGUUCAUUAGAGUAGGGACGCAA